AUACAACACUGAGGGAGGGUAAGGGGGGGGGGAGUAGGGCUGACACCAAUACCAGGCUGCAUGUAGUCCCAACAGAAUGACAGCUGAGGGGAUUCCUACAAACCUGGCCUGAGGGAUCACCAGCAGUAUCUCUUUUGUUGCCGGAUACCUCUCCCUGCUCAAACUCACGCUAUGGGAUGUAAAAAUUCUCAUUAAGGAACUGAACAGACUGGUUGUGAAGAAAGGAUUAACAUGGUGAUUGUUUACUUUGGAUCUAAAACAAGGAAUAAUACUUGCUCUUUUUAACUGAAAGUAGCCAUGGAGACUGCACUUAAACCACCUACUGGAAAAAAGCUAAAGGCAAGAGCGCCUCCUCCUCCAAAUCAAACUUCUCUGCCAACACCAUCAAUAGAACAGAGAUCAUCCUUAGAUUUUGAUGAGACAGACAGCCAGAGCCCUGAAGAUUUAAAGGAGAACAUGCUGCACAGGAAAAUGGACCUCAGAAUAUAUUUACCUGAUGGUCGAGGAAAAACAGUCACUGUGGAUGGAAGUAAAGCAGUGAUGGACCUGCUGGUGGAUUUAUGCAGUCAGUACCAUUUGAAUCCUGCUCAGCAUAUCAUUGAGGCAAAAUCUGGCGAGUCCCAGCAACCGUUCACUUUGAGGCCAAAUACUCUCAUUGGAACACUGGAUGUUCAAACAGUAUGUCUGAAGGAGAAAGUUGCAGAAAUCAAAGUAAAAAAGCCUGCUCCAGUGAUUCCAGAGAAAACUGUACGGCUUGUUGUGAAUUUCCUUGGGACCCAAAAAACUGUAGUGAGAGUCAGUCCUGAAGUGCCCUUGCAAAAUAUUGUAGCAGCCAUAUGUGAGAAGUGUGAAUUUCAGCUUGAGGAUGUUAUUUUAUUGAGAGACACUACCAGCAAGGAGGAACUGGAUAUGGCAAAGUCACUUAAGGUCUUGGGAAUCAAGGAGCUUUAUGCUUGGAAUAGCAAGCAAGAAAAGAAAAGAAAUUCUUCGACUAACAGUGACAACGCAGAAAAGGAGAAAAGGGGUAUUCUGGGCUUUUUUCGAAGCCACAAGAAAAACAAGAACGAAGGAAACACAGGAUCAAUGGAAAACGAAGAAUAUGAAGAGAUUUUUAAAGCAGCAUCAACCAGUGGAAACACCCAUGAUGGAUUUUCAACAGCACCAAGUUCACCUGCAGUAAACACACGUCCUGUAGCACUGGGUGCCUCAGUGUCCUUAUGUAAUAUCUCAUCAAUUGGUGCUAAACCAGAGAUGAAGAAGCGCAGAGCUCCACCCCCACCAAAGCCAACACCAUUGGAAGUGGUGGCUGAGAAAACCAUAGAUCAAAAAACACAAGAGCAGCUUCCUCCUGGCAUCCAAAAUGAACAGCAGAAAAAAAAGCGAAGAGCCCCGCCACCGCCAACUGCCCAGAUGCCAAAUGAUAAGAAUGAAGAACAGGAGGAGAACCAAAAAAGCUCCACAGGUAAUGGACGGCAGGUUCCACAAAAGCCCCCAAGAGGCACCACACGAAGUCCACCUCUUUUAGUGAUCCCCCCACCCCCACCUUACCCUCCUCCUGAUUUUGGUAAUCUGGACCCGCCUGUCUUUGAAAAUGGAGUAGUCGUAACGGAAGCGCCCAAGUUUGUACCUGUACCUGCGAAACGUAAUAAAAGUUUGAAUCGGUUCAACAGUGUUUCUUCCGUUGAAAUCCUAACAACUGACUCAAUGGAAGCUGAUGAAGCAGGAUCCAUACAUAGCUAUACAGAAGAUUCAGGGAUGGUGAGCUCACUUUCAGACAGUUUGUCUCUGGAUUUGUACAGUGAUAGCACCCAAAGCAGAGAAAGCCUCUUGAAUCAGGAGAAUGCAAAAGAAUCUGGCAGAACAGACACGUACAACAGUAAUAACAGUAGUAUGCAGACAAGAAGAGAUGACGAAGAUGAUGUCACAUCUGUUAGAAAUGGCGAUGAAGAUAUUUUUAUUUCAGCCCAGUUUCAGAAAACAUUGGAAGAGCUUGAUGAGGACUCUGAAGACAUGGAUGAUGUAGACAGCGCUUACAGAAAUCACAUUCAUAAGAUAAACACCGAAGUUCCAGUAACAAUUAUUGAUGGAGUUCCAGAUAUGGAAAAUGAAAACUCAGGCAGAACUGAGGUUACAGUUGAUAACUUUCCAUCCAGUUCACAAACAGUGAGACCACAUACCAGCUAUGCUAAACAAGGAUCAUUAAGAUCAACAAAGGCAGACCAAACUACAUCCACUCCCCAAACUACCUACCAGCUUGAAAAUGGGAAUUACCAUAAGGAGAUUAAGCCCCCUCAGACCUCUCCAACCUCCAUGCCAAGGACUGCAUUCACAUCUAGAUCAAUAGAAAACAAAGAUAGGCCUGUAAAACAGCAAAUACCAGGUUCACUUAACAAUAUCAACAAAGGAACAGAGCCUGCAAAACCAACAUUGUGGAGACAACAAACAUAUGAAUCAAAAGCAGGUAUGAGAACAUUUACAGUCGUUCCUCCCAAACCUGAUGUAAAAAAGUAUGACAGAGGAGCUUCUCUUUCAGCAAGUGCCAUCAAAAUAGAUGAUUUUGGCAACCUAAUCAACCCCCAUACUUCCCGACCUAAGAAGGAUUUAAAUGGCAGCUUUGGUAAUGAACCACAGGGCCCACUUGUUGAGAGGGCAAAAGAGUUCUGGAGAUCAAAUUCUAUGGAUGGUCAGGCAGGAGAAGUCAGAGAGCAAUUUGCUAAAAGGUCAACAUCUGUCUGUAUUAACAAGCCAAAUCAGCAAGAACCAGACAGCAAAAUAAAUGAUAUAUCAGUUAAGGGAGUAACACCUCAGGUAAUUUAUAAAGAAGGUGAGACCAAAGAGCAACCAUCUAUGAAAAAUAAUAAGCCAAACCAACAAGGACAAACGGACACAAUGUAUUAUGCGUCCUCAAAGGGAGCAAUGAUUAAUACAACCGAGAGAGAAAAUGGGCAUCUAAAACAAUUACACUCAAUGCCUGUGCCUCAAGAAAAGAUGAUUAUUAUAGAACAUACAACCAGUGUGAAAUCAAACACGCCAUUUCUGAAUAUUCCCAAGCGAACAUCCAGCCAAUAUGUUGCAUCUGCCAUCUCUAAGUACACAGAACCAUCAAAUAGUAAAUCUUUUGAAAUGAAUGACGCCAAGCAGGAGCUAAGAUCUGAAAAUAGAAACCUUCCUUCAGCCCUUUCAGCAAAAUCUAGAAAUAUUACAGUGGAAGACAAAAAUGUUGAAAAUAAAGUUAUUAAUAAACAAGAAACAACAGCAGACCUAAGGAAAAGGUUUAGUGGUAGCUAUGUACCAGCUGGUAACAAGCCUAUUAAAACAGUAGCUCAAAAAGGCAGUUCAUUUUCUGAGCAACAGAGUUUCAGUGAAAUACAAAGCAGAGUUGGAAAUACAUCAAUCACCAUACUGGAAAAAAAUCCUGAAAAGACCAGCCCUUUAUAUUCUUCUCCCCAUGAAUCUCAAGGACACUUAAACUCUACAUCCUCACCUAAUGCCUUUCUAAAAGCUGUAAGGGAAAAAUCAGGUAAAAUUGAGCAAUCCAAUUCCUAUGCAUACAACAAAGAGCCUCCGAGGUCUGCUACCAUUAAGGAAGAUAAAGAAAAUGAUGUAUCUUCAACAAUAAUAGAUGAGACAGACAACCCUAGCAACAGUGAUGUAUUCGGGCCAAAAGCAAAGUUACGUCAAGUGGUCCAGAAACAAGUUCAGAAAGACACAACGUUGCACAGUGCUUUAAUGGAAGCUAUUCAGUCUGGUGAAGGAAAAGAAAAACUGAGGAAAAUACAGACUUCAUCUACUGUAUCAAAUGAGCUUCAGUCUGUGAGAAAUGCAGAGCCUGUCAAAGAGGCAGAAAAGGAACAUAAUGUGCUGCAAUCAAUUCCACCUCCACCAUUAAUGCCUCCUCCACCACCGCCGCCACCUGUGCUAAAAUCAUCUGCUAUGGUGUCUCCUACCACUACAGCUAACUCUCUAAAUGCAAGGGACGCCUUAAUGGAAGCUAUUCGCUCAGGUGCUGGUGCUGCAAGACUCAAAAAGGUCUCUACAGUAUACGGUUUAAGAAAAUAAUUGAAGGAAACUCGCUCCACAGACCUACGAUACCCAGUCAACGACACACAUGAGAGGCUCAGAACAGCAGAAGUCUGUGUGAUUAUCUUGUCAGCUGGCCAAAUGUUUUUGUACCUAAUUUUCUAUGUUUCAAAAUAAUGGUUCAAAAGGGGAAUAUAAUAUAUUGCUAUGCUGCAUGAGGUAUGUGCCAAGGAAAAUGUGUCUGCUUCAAAAUGCAUUCAGAAAUUGCCAAUAAAAUAUUCUUGUUGGCAGGUGAAAUAGCAGUGCAGCAAAGGAUUUACACUAUACAUUUACUGAAGGCCGCGUUCCUUAUGAAGCUGAUUUUUCUUUUGCUAUGCAGUUUAGAGAGAAACACAGCAGGAAAAUUGUACAAGAAGGUGUUUAACCUAUAUUUGAAUCACUCAUUGAGAUAUUCCUUAACAUAUGGCAGAAAUAUAUUUAAUAGUAGAUGAUUACACAGGAAUUAUGCCAGCAACAUUUACUUUAAUUUAAUUUUCUUUGACACUUGGGUACAUAUUCAGCUCAUCUCUUAGCGCCUUCUGUGCUUAUAAUAUACAGUGUCCAGAAAGUGUCCCCUUCAAAUUAGGACUGCUUGUUGCCUGAUAACAGAUUUAUCAAAUUAUGACACUCUUAUUGUAAACAGUAAUACAGCUAAGAUGUCAGUGUCACACUUUAAAAAUAUUUUUCAAGUCAAUAAUAUUAAAGAGAUACUAACACCAGAAAUGAAACCUUUUACAUCUAUCAAGCAUUGUCUUUUCAUGCUAUUUAUAAUUUUGCUAUGUUCCUCUAUGAGGGGACUGCCAUAUUUGUGCAGCAGGAGUCCAUUAGCUU